AAAUCUCGGGGGUAUCUGGACCGACCCUGGAAGUUAUGAUGUAGGGAAACACCAUGUUUGCCAAAAGUAGAGCUUGAAGUGAAACUACAAUUGUGAUAUCGGGGAGAGAAGGUGUCGCGCGGCGCGAUUUAUUUUGGAUCGGGGCCGAGGCGGGCAUGUUUGUCGUUUUUGUUGCAUUUUAUGGUAUUUUGGUCUCGGCUAGGAGAGUGGAAGCGCAGCGUGACACCUCAGGCGGCGGGGGCCCGGCGUGCGCCGCGGCCGGCGCCACCGGCGCUAGGUGUGACCGUCCAUGACUCGCUGGUGGAGGGCAUCACAUUUCAGGAAUGGGGCUCGGAGACAGGCGCGGGCGCCGGCGCAGGCUCCGGGCGCGCGCUGCCCCCGGCGGCGCUGCGCGCCAGCCCGCCGGCGCUGGCGCUGGGCCGCGCCGCGCUCGGCGCCGCGCACGCCGCCACCGUCACGCUCACCAACACGGCCAACACCACCAUGCACCUCGCCUCCAUCGCCGGCACCACGCCCGACUUCCACGCCUCAUUCUUCGAUUCCAAGACAUUGGCGUGCGGUGCCAACACAUCAUUCAGCGUGGUGUUCCUCGGGCGGCGCGAGGGGCCCGUGUCGCAGCACCUUUACAUCCACACGUCGCUGGGCGUGCUCAAAUACCCGGUGUCAGCGAUAGGUGUGGCCAGCGACUGGGCACUAUGGCCCUUGGUCGGAGUCCGCGUGCCGCACAACGCCACGCUGCGGCCGCUGCUGCACAUGCACAACCCCACUGAUCACCCCGUGCAGGUGAUGGAGAUGUACUCGUCCGCGUCCUGGCUGGGCCUGCAGCUGCCCGCCGGCGGGGCCUCGGCGCCGCGGGAGCACUGGGCGCUGCCUCCGCACUCCACCCGCGCGCUGGUGCGGCUGCGGCUGCGGCUGCCCGGCAAGGACACCACCGCGUACAUACGAAUAAAAGCGAACGUGACGGGCGCGCCGCUGGUGGUGGUGGUGGAGGCGGCGGCGGCGGCGGCCGGCGCGCACGCCGAGCCGCUGCAGCUGCGCGCCGGCACGCGCGGCGCGCGCGACGACCCCUACACGUUCUCCAUCUCGCUGGGCAACAGCGCCGGCUCCGCGGCGGCGGUGGCGGGCGGCGCCGCGGGCUCGUGCAGCGGCGCGCCGCACGCGCCGCCCGCGCCCGCCGACACGCCGCUGGUCGCCAACGGACACCACAACGGUACGUCACUGUAGUGUGUCUCCCCUCGC